AGAUUCUUAGGAGAAACAUGAUCGAAUCUCCUACAUAAAAGUCCCAGUAUAGUACUGCAAAAAGUCCGACGCUACCGGUGCGGACGGCAUGCUAUGUUGCACCGAUAUCUACUAGUUCCACAUUUUUCCGAUCACCGUUUUGUUAUCUACGAUUGCAUUAGAUUUUACUUGGACUUUUCGAGAAUAUAGCGCAAUCAAAUUUUAAUGCGAGCAGAUAAUGCUCUGAUCUUGUUAUAAUCUCUAUCUGAAAAGGAAAGAUCAGUAUAAAUAGCGAGUCAGGUGGUAAAUUCAGAGGAUGUACACAGUAAAUUCAGCUCUCUGAUCCCUUAUAGGUCUCAUUUUCUCUAAUCACAAUUCUACACAAUCGGGUUGCUGGACAUGUUUUCUUUCGAAACACAUCUUUUUCACACAUUAACUCAGUCCGUAUGUGUCAAUCAAAAAUUGAAAAGCAACAACUUUUGAUACACAGUUUAAUAAUUGAUUAUUUUUCAGCGUUUUCUUAUUGUUUAUUUAGAUGAAUUUUGUGUUAUUAGAACACAUCCUCCACAUUAUCUUAUUUUUCUAUAGAUGUAAACAAAUCAGCGCGUAAAAAUAAGACUUGUUCGAUAAGAAUUUAGAAGGUACGCUUGCGUAUAUUUGAUCAUUUUUCUUUGUAUGUAUUCAGAAUGUAUAUGUUUAUUCUCAUUGUUAGACAGUAUGGAAUUGUAUGUGUUCGCCACUAUUAACUGCGUGUCAAGGUAGUGAUCCAAAAAGUAAUCAAAGUUUUACUGAUACUAAACCAUUAACAAAUUCAUCACAACCACAGCAACAACAACAUAGUUCAUAUACGCCACCUGUUCAACAAAAUACUGGAAUCACACAGCCAGGUUCACAGUUAAACCAAGCAUCUACGACUCACAUCUAG